UCAUAAAUUUUUUAAGGAACAGAAAUUAAAGCCAUGCGGUAAGAAAUUGUGUGCUUACGGUGGAGAUGUCAUAGAUGUUAUUGAUCUCCAUGUGCUAUGCUGAGAGUUUAGGAACGAGAGAAUUAGAAUCUGACAGUGAUCGUAUUUAUUUUUACACAAACAUAACAUCCUGCAUUUUAGCAAAGUCACGUUGUGCUCAGUACAAUCCAAUUUCUGGCGAGUUACAAAAUCAGUUUUUUGUAGCCGGUCUUUCACAAACAGGAUCGGCAGUCGUCAACAAGUUUAAUUCUGCUGCCAACGCAGGUUGGACUAGACCCCAACCUCCGUUGGCGACAGUAACACCCUCAACAUUAUACUUUAAUUCAUUACAAGUAUCAGAAAAUGGUGACAUUCGCAUUAUAACUUUUCCUACUGCCACUACAAGCGUUAAUGAUUUAUUUUGUUCCCGUUUUCCAAAUUUGCAACAAGCAGGCUUUGGAACAUAUAAUUGUUAAAUAAAAAUCUUAAAUAUUGUUGCAAAUAAUAAAUCUCGUUUCAAUUUCAUUAUUAUUCCAGUCACCUUUGUGAGAAGAAUGUUAUAUAUUGUCAUUCCAUUUGUAAUUUAUAUAAUUUUCCGAACCUAUGGUAUUGCCGUAGUAUUAUCCAAAGAAAAUUAAUAAAGUAGCAUCACUUGAA